AUGGAUGAAUCGGAGUUACCAGCGGAUGUUUUGAUCAUUGGCGGCGGGCCUGCAGGCUCAAAUGCAGCAUGGGAGCUAGGCAAAGCGCACCACCGAGUGACUCUUUUUGUUGGAGAUAAGCCUGUCUCCAGUCCUGGUAGUGAAGCAGGGGAAUCCUCACUGCCGGCCGUGCUUAAGAACCGCGAGCUCUUCCACCUAUUCCAGCAAGAAACGAGCAAAACACUGCCGGUCACAGUCGAGAGAAAGAGAAUAACAGAAGUGAGGCGCCUACCAAACGGUCUGUUCGAGGUGGAAGAUGCCGGUGGGAAUGUCUGGCCCGGCAGACUCCUUAUCCUGGCUGACGGUGCAGAAGAAGUCAUGCCUGAUAUCGCUGGGUAUCAAACCUGCUGGCAGCAGCAACGAAUACUGAUGCAUCCGUCUGAAGGGAAGCACGGCCGGGUCCCCGUCGCCGUCCUGGCCGUGGGCGACCUGGCUGAGCUGACCAUGGCCCUCCACGCCGUCUGGCAGAUCCGCCAGUACGCCUCUGCUGUACGGGUCUACACACAUGGAGACCCCGAGCUGGCCCAGGAGCUGCUGUCUCGAGUGUCCCCCGAUGCAGCGAUCACCGUCGAAUCCGCGUACAUCCAGGAGAUCCAGCCGGACGCCGACUCAUCCCACGGCGUCACCGUCCAGCUCGACGGCGGGAAGAGUGAAAAGGCGUUCCUCUACCACCGCCGGGCCGCACAGCUCAAGGGCAACGACCCCUUUGCCCGCCAGCUGCGGCUCGAGCUGACCGAGUCAGGGGCUAUACGCAUCUCAGCGCGAGUCCCUUACAUGACGAGCAUGGACGGGGUAUAUGCCGGCGGCGACUGCGCAUCUCUGGGUCAGCGGACGCUCUUGAAGGCCCUGGCCAUGGGCGAGGGAGUCGCAGCGGCCGUAGCAGCCCGUCUGGAGCGCGGGAGAUGGAAGAAUCUGGCGUACGAGGAGGAGAGCUGCCCCUGA